CCGAGAAGCUUUAUAAUGGGGUGUUAUUUAGGUCGCUAGUUCGAAAUAUCUGGUGUUUUUAUGGCUACUUUUAGGUAGUCACGAGAAUUUCUGGAUGAUUUUGUUGAUAACACUGGAAUGUAUAUGUUUGUAAAAGCGACGGUUCUGUUGUAUUCUGAGCAUGAGAUACUUGGCUGUGUUUCCAGUCAUGAAUGGAAAGCGAGCACUCUGCCCUGGCUCAGCUAACAAGCUGACUAAUCAACGUAUUAUUGAAGAUCACAUGAUCUCACAUUACAAAAGGCUGGACUUAGCAAAAGCCACAGUGGACACUUCAGUACCCAAAAGUAUGCGUUGUAAUGUAAAAUAUAUUGACCAAAAGCGCCGUGAACAGAUAGAUAUUUCUGAGAGGACACAAUCAAUAAGGUCCCUUUCACAGAGGAGCCUCAGGUUGGAUAAUAUUACCUCUUGCUUAUCCAGAAAUGUCAGACCCUCUACUCGAGGUGCUGAGAGUACUUAUUUUAACUCCGAUGAAUCUGUGAUGUCCUCCCCAAGGUUCAGUACUUCAUUCCAUUGUAAGCAAGUUGUGUUUCCUUCCCAAAUGGGUGCACGGUCUCAGAACUGCUGGCCAUCUUCAGAAUUAAGUUACAGAAGCCCAAAAUCCACAUCUUCAAGUCAGGAGAAGUUUAAAAGCUUUCAAGACCCUACACAGAAAACCUACAGUGGUGACAUUCUUCUGAAACAUGCCCACUACUUCACACAAGAAAAGCCUUUCACUCCCAGAACUCUGAAAACAGAUUGCAAGCCCAGUCUGGCUAACUAUCGGUAUUACACUUCUGCAAGUAGGAAAGGAGCUGAAGAAAAGACACCAUCUAAAUAUUUUCAACCAGACACUCACUGCAGAAGCAAGCAAAGAUCUUCAACAGAGCAGGACUCACCCCAGCCAUGCAGUGUUCAUCAUGAGUGGUCUGAUGAAGAGUCAAAUGUAUUUGGACAUUAUGACACCAAAAAUAAAUUCGGAGGCAGUGAUUUUUUUCUCAGCUCCUCAAGGGUAUCACCAGAGGGAAUGAAGUCCCCAGUUAUGAGAAAAGUAACAGCAGAAGAGGAAGAAUUAAUGUACCUGGAGUUUAUUGCUGAUAUAACAAAUGAGCUUAUACUACGAGGCAUCUAUUCUGACAGCGUACUGGAACGGGUGUUUGAGCGUCACAUUGAUAUGAAUAAACAUCGAUUAGCUGAAGACAAAAUGCGCCACCUUCUGGAAGCACUGCAGAAUGAUUUGCAAAAGCCCCCUUUUUCUUCUAUUACUGUUCUUGAGAGCAAGGAAAGAGACAGUUCUUUAUUGCACAGAUAUAAGGAUUCGAGCCUUCAUCACGAGUUGGAAAAUUUUGUGAAAGAUGACACUAGCCUCUCUUUUACACCCUUAAGGAAUAAGGACACGUGGGAAUCUGAUGUGGCCACUCCUAGAUUAGAUACCUCACCACUAAAUGACAGCAUUUUGGAGAAUGCUAAAUCUGUUAGACAGGAAGAUAAAAAGGACUUCAUGGACCUAGAACGAGAUCGUGAAGAAGGAAAUGUAAUAACUCUGGGAUGGGAAAACCAUCAGCUCAGCAAUGAAGACAGGCAUCAGAGCUGUGCAGAUAAUGAGGACCUUGAUGAGCUUGGCAGAAACAUGGCAGAAUCCCUAAAUGUGUCUGAGAUUCACAGUUCACAAGAGGUCAUUGAACAAGAGUCAUCUGUGAAACUUAGUGAUGAUGAGUUUUGACGUACUGUAUAUCUAUUCAGGCCAAAUAUUCGGUUGCCUUUCCAAAGGCAAAUAACCACAAUAAAGACACAUUGCUGAGAGUUUAUUUCAAGGUUUUGUGGUCUC